AUGCCUACCAUAUCAUGCGACAAAUAUGACCUCUUCGAGGCGCUGGGGCAGAAAUACACCACAGCCGAGUUCGAGGACCUCUGCUUCGACUUCGGCAUCGAGCUGGAUGAGGACACGGAGAACGACGACAGACCGACGGUCAAUGGCGUACAAGAGCCUCCCCAACUCAAGAUCGAGAUCCCCGCCAACCGAUAUGACAUGCUAUGUUUCGAGGGCAUCGCCCUCAUGUUAAACAUCUUCCGCGAGAAGCAGUCCGUCCCGAACUUCAGACUGAUACAACCGGCGGCCGGCGACCUAACGACGAUCACGGUGCUGGAGGACACUACGAAGGUUCGGCCGCUGGUUGCGGGUGCCAUCUUGCGCAAUGUCAAGUUCACCCAGAAGAGCUAUGACUCCUUCAUCGGACUACAAGACAAGCUGCACCAGAACCUUGCCCGAGGCCGCUCCCUAGUCGCCAUUGGUACCCACGAUCUGGAUACGGUGCAAGGUCCUUUCACGUACGAGGCGCGACCACCGAAGGAUAUCAGCUUCACGCCCCUAAACCAGACGAAGAAGAUGACAGGAGAGGAGAUGAUGGCUUUCUACGAGAAGGACAAGCACCUGGGGAGAUAUCUACACAUCAUUCGGGACAAGCCAGUCUACCCAGUUAUCUACGACGCCAACAGAGAAGUCUGCUCGAUGCCGCCGAUUAUCAACGGCGACCGCUCCAAGAUCACACUCAACAGCAAAAACGUCUUCAUAGAAUGCACAGCAACCGACGCGACGAAGCUGGACAUCGUCGUCAACAUGAUGGUAGCCAUGUUCUCGUGCUACUGCGCGGAGGAGUUCACCGUCGAGCCCGUCAAGAUCAUCUCGGACCACAACGGCCAGACAAGGAUAACGCCGAACCUCAACCACCGGUCGCAGAUGGUCGAGAUCGACUACCUGAACGACUGCCUCGGGCUCUCCGAAUCGCCCGAGGUGAUGUGCAAGCUGCUUUCCAAGAUGGCGCUCGACGCCAAGCCGUCCGGCAGCGACAAGAACCUGAUCGAGGUGUCGAUACCGCCGACGCGCGCGGACAUCCUGCAGCGGUGCGACAUCAUGGAGGACCUGGGUAUCGCGUACGGGUUCAACAAGCUGCCGCGCAUGACGGUGAACAAGAACGUGGGCGCGCCGCUGACGCUCAACAAGCUGAGCGACAUCGUGCGAACCGAGUGCGGCAUGGCGGGCUGGUCCGAGGUGAUGCCGCUGAUCCUGUGCAGCCACGCCGAGAACUUCGCGUGGCUCAACCGCGCCGACGACGGCACCUCGGCCGUGCGCCUCGCCAACCCCAAGACGGCCGAGUACCAGAUCGUGCGCACGUCGCUGCUGCCGGGCCUGCUCAAGACCAUCCGCGAGAACAACCACCACCGCGUGCCCAUCAAGGUCUUCGAGACGGCCGACGUGGCCUUCAAGGACGACACCGUCGAGCGCCGCGCCCGCAACGAGCGCCACUUCUCGGCCGCCUGGUACGGCCGCAGCAGCGGCUUCGAGGAGGUUCACGGCCUGCUCGACCGCGUCAUGCUGACGCUGAAACAGGCCUUCGUGUCGCGCGAGGAGGGCCUCCCCGCCAGCGGCGCCAAGAACAUGGACUUCGAGGUCCGCCAGGACCAUACCAAGCGCGACGGCUACUGGCUCGAGCCUAUCGACGAGGCGACCUUCUUCGGCGGCCGCGCCGCCGCCAUCUACCUCCGUCUCGGUGGCAAGGAGGUCCGCAUCGGCGAGCUCGGCAUCCUGCACCCCACCGUUCUUGAGAAGUUCGACAUCAAAUACCCCGUCAGCACCCUCGAGGUGAAUAUAGAGGCUCUGUUAUAA